UGACGACAGCAUCCUCCCCCGCAUCCCAUCGCCAUGGCAACCUUUUGUUACCUCCAACGCUUGAGUGGUCCAGGAGGGGAGGGGGCUGGCAAGGGUGGUAUAUAGGCAAUGCUGGGGGGGAGCCAGAGAAGGAAACUCCUGAUCCCCACCCAGAAGGAAAGAGGCGCUGGGAGAGAAGAAGCAAGGCCGAGGGAGAAAAAUCUAUAUAGAGAUAUAUAGUAUUUAUUAAAAUAGAUUCUAGAUACACCUGUAAAGGAAGAUCUGUUUGAAAGCAGAGAAGAAGGGGAUUACGAGAUCGAUCAGAAACAGAGACAUUCAGACGUCUUCUCGCCUGUUAGCCUCCUUCCUCAAAACCAUUUAGGUGGGACAGAGAGGGUUUCUUUCGUGGGGAGAGUUUUUGAGAGCUGUUCUCAGAGCUUCCAUUGAAAGACAGCACUGCCUGCUGUUAUGUACGCUGAACCAUCUGCCAUGAAUUUCCGGAACCACGGCUUCUUCCGCCGUUCUCCGCCUCCUUCUGUGGCCAAGCCUUCUUCCCCUGCCGCUGGGAACACUCUGUCCGUCUUAGGAGGCAUCGCUCAGAUCUCCCCUUGCCUCUACCUCUCCUCUGGCAAUGCUGCGUCCAACAGGCACAUGGUCUACUCCAGGGCAGUGACUUGUGUCGUGAACGCCACCAUGGAAAUCCCCAACGCCAACUGGCCAGAUAUUGACUACGUCAAGGUGCCUGUCCCUGACCUCCCUCACGCUCCGCUGUCCUUGUACUUUGACUCUGUGGCCGACAGGAUACACCAGACGGGGAAGAAGAACGGAAGAACCCUUGUCCAUUGCGUGGCAGGGGUCAGUAGAUCUGCCUCCCUCUGUAUUGCCUACUUGAUGAAAUACCACCGGUUGAGCCUCUUGGACGCCCACGAGUGGGUGAAGAGCAGGCGACCCGUCGUCAGGCCCAAUGUCGGCUUCUGGAGACAACUCAUUGAGUACGAACGCAAGCUGUUUGGCAAGAACACCGUCAAGAUGGUGCCCUCACCCAUUGGCUUGGUCCCAGAUAUCUACGAGAAAGAGACCCGGGGGCUGGUCCCCCUGUGGAACUUCAGAUAGACUCUGGGCAACUUUGGGAAUGUGGUUGGGUGACGCGGGCUGCUUGAAUUUAGGAUCAAAACGUUCCACCAUGUUCGGACCGCUACUAAGAACUUCCGGCAUGGUGGACUUUGGUAAGAAAAUGCUGUUACGAUAGUCUUUUUUUGUGAGACCUUGCCAUAUGAUUAGAUCAUGAAAAAGACCUUGAGUUGCUUGGCCAUUUCAGUGUGAUUGACUGGUUCCGCCACGUCAAAUGUUACUAAGAACUUACAUAGUUUUGCUUGUAUUAAGAGAAGAUGGUUAAUAGCAGAAUAUAGGCAGUAAAUAUAUUUAUCUAAAGCAGAGCUUCGAGAUCUGAAUAAAUUGACCCUCCCUUUGUGAGGAGGAAAGGGAGAAAAAUAAUUUAUUGAAGACAGCUUCAGAAUUACUUCCCGGCAAUAGGGCCUGGGUUUACUUUGGUUUUAACAAACACAAUAAACUCCCCCCCUCCCAAGAGUGAAAUCUUAGCAGUAAUGACAGGCAUUAAUGUUAACAUUGCUCCCAAGGCACACAUUGUUAAAGGACUGCUUUGCCAAUAAGGAGGCAGAAGUGAAGAAGCUGAAGAUGAUCGAACUUCCAAGGGCAGCUGGUACAUUUCAGCUCCGGAAAGCAGAGGGAGUCUUCAGUACAAUAAUUUUCACUGUGCAGGCUACAACCCAGCAGCCCAUGGGUAUAAUGAAUAUUGCUGUUUCAGUAUAAUACUGUUCCAACCCAGGAAAAUCCACUCGUGUGGGGAACAGAGGAUUAAUGUUCAUAUUAUACCUCAGUACAGGGCUAACUGUGGAGGGCAAAAAGCACAAAGAAAGGUAAAUUGUCCAGUGGGGAGGGGACAAAGUAAAAAAUAUAUCUUAUUUCUGACACUGGGGAAUUACUGUUCAGCAUUAAAAGCCUGUUACCUCGCUUCCUCAGGAAUAAUGAACAAUAUGGUGGGGUUCUGGCAUUGUGUGGGGAAGGGCAAACCAUUUUCUAAUCACAAGUUGAGAGCAACGUUUUCUGGACAAAAAAUCCCUCUCAGUAGAAUGUGUGCAUGUGUUUUUAAAAGCUUUUAAUGCCACAGAGAGGACAAAAUGAUAGGAUAACAAUAGUUAUGGGGGUAAAUAUAACAUCUGAGGAGACGGAUCCACAGUUAAGUAUGCUAGUGAAGGGGAACUGGGUUCUAUUUGAAGAUUUUCUGACUAUACCAGAGGCGGAGGUGAAUCCAGAGUCAAGUGUGUGUUCAGUUAAAAUUCAGCCGUUUUAUUUCAAAUUAAUUUUAAUAUUUGAAAGUCAUGGGGACAGCUUUGGAUGUUCAAGGCCUAGAGUUACCCAGACUACACUAAGUAGCUGUGAGGUAGCGGGGAGUAAAAUAUUCCAAAUGGAAUACGUUUUAGAAGUUACACAGGGUGUUCUGCCAUAUAAAUUAGCUCUGGAGGUACAGGUUUCAGAAUGCUUUAAAGAAAUUAUUGGAAAGCACAAAUUUUGUCAUUUUAAAUAUUCACCAAAUAACGAUGUUCCAGAUAGAGAGACCCCUGUUUUAAAGAAGUUUCCUUAGCAAAGUUAUUGCCCUGUUGGAUGGAUGGACUUAACACUCAGCAACCCCUUGGUUGUUGUUUCAUUUCUAUUCGUUUCUGGUUUUUAUUAUAGUACUGUAUUGUAAAAGGUGUGGUUAACCAGGACUUCCACAGCAGUGCUUUUUUAUUCAGAACAAGAACAUACUUCACCCUCACUUUUGGAAGUUUUAACCUGCACUGACUUUUCAGAGCUAUUUCCCACCAGAACCUUGCCUGUCAGUCAAGCCUGGCUAGAAAGUUCUAGAAGCUCAUAGCUAAAGUAGGCCUGUGUGGCAUCUGAGAAAAGGAUUGCUUACUGGCUGAAUAUUUCAAGGCUAAUUUAUAGUGUGUGUGUGUGUGUGGAGGUGGGGUUUUUGAAUUCCUCUGUUCUCACUGCAAAAUUUCUACUACAUUCGAAAUGUCUUGAAGCAUAGAUAAGCAAUUGGCAACUCAGGACCCUCUCUCAUAUUUGAAGGUGGACGACUGCCCCACACAUACCAUACUCACCAUGAAUAAAUUGAAGUGGGCAAUGUA